AUGGGGUUGUUUACUAUUUUAAAAAAGCUUAAACAGAAAGAGAAGGAAGUCCGGGUGUUAAUACUAGGAUUAGACAAUGCUGGCAAAACAACCAUCGUAAAGAAAUUUAAUGGUGAAGACAUAAACAGUAUAUCUCCAACACUAGGUUUUAGCAUUCAAACACUAGAACAUAUGGGUUUCAAAUUGAAUAUAUGGGAUGUCGGUGGACAAAAGUCUUUGCGAUCAUAUUGGCGAAACUAUUUUGAAACUACUGACGCAUUAAUAUGGGUUGUGGACAGCUCAGAUCGCCUUCGUCUAGAAGAUUGUCGGGUAGAACUAUCUAAACUGCUAGUUGAAGAACGAUUAGCCGGUGCUACUUUACUUGUGUUCGCUAACAAACAAAAAUAUGAUCUUUAAAGAAGAAAGAAAGAAAGAAAGAAAAAAGAGAAAAGAAUUUGUAAAAUGUACUCAUGAUCCCGUUCAACCUGUUGAACGUGAUCGUAAAUGACCAAGUUCUGUUGAUAAUUUCUGAUCAUUUCUAUACGGAUUGAUAAUACCGAUUUUUUUAUCAUGUAAUAAUUCACCAAC